AUGUCAGAGAGUCCCGAAUACAGGUCCUUCUUCACUGUCGUGGGUGCUUCAGCCUCCAUGGCCUUCAAUGCUCUUGGUGCGGCUUAUGGCACAGCAAAAAGUGGCACUGGUAUUACAGCCAUGUCAGUCAUGAGACCUGAGAUGAUCAUGAAGUCAAUCAUUCCCGUCGUCAUGGCUGGUAUCAUCGCUAUCUAUGGUCUGGUGGUGGCUGUUCUCAUCACCAACUCUCUGACACUGGGAAUCACCCUGUUCAAGAGCUUCCUUCAGCUGGGAGCAGGCUUCAGCGUGGGCCUGAGCGAGCUGGCAGCUGGCUUUGCCAUCGGCAUUGUAGGUGAUGCUGGCGUUCGGGGGACAGCUCAGCAGCCCCAACUAUUUGUGGGGAUGAUCCUGAUUCUGAUCUUCGCUGAGGUGCUUGGCCUGUACGGCCUGAUUGUGGCCCUAAUUCUCUCUACAAAGUCAACCCUCUUUUCCCCUUCUUCCCAGUGCCCUGCUCCACCCCCACUCACCCCUGCAGCCACAGAGUAUGAUGUAAAGACCUGUCUUGAACCACCCCAUCCCUCCCAAUUUGCUCCAGAACUAAUGGCCUGA